CGCCUUGAUUAUAUAUUUAAAACAAAAUAGCAAAACUCAAAUAUGAAGCGAAGCGGGAAAACAAUUUAUGUAGAAAAAAAAAUUAUCAGUGCCAAAUUCUUGAUGAAAAAUAUUAAUGGCGAGAGUCAAACAGAGCGCCAAGAAAUCCACGAGCCGGAAAUUCUCCCAAGCAACUCCGUCAACUUCAACUCCACAGGUACGGCGUAAUCUGUUUAAUCAGUCUGCUGCGAGAAGAAGCCCUCGGACUGGCACACCAUCUAGGACUGAGGCAGGAGCAAAGAAAAAGCGCCGGAACCGGCCGGGGACGGUGGCUUUACGUGAGAUAAGGAAAUAUCAAAAGUCUUGGAAUCUUUUGAUCCCUGCUGCUCCAUUCAUUCGAACUGUAAAAGAGAUCAGUUUCCAGUUUGCUCCUAGCGUUGGACGUUGGCAAGCAGAAGCCUUAGUGGCUCUUCAGGAGGCUGCUGAGGAUUACAUAGUUAAGUUGUUUGAAGAGGCAAUGCUAUGUGCGAUUCAUGCAAAGCGCGUGACUCUAAUGAAAAAGGAUUUCGAGCUGGCCAGGCGAAUCGGAGGUAUUGGGCGGCCUUGGUGAUAUAUAUCAACUAUGCAAAGAUGAGUGUUGCAACCUAUUUGACUAACUCCGGCUUUGGUAAAUAGUAAGCAUCAAUUCAAUGUGCAAGUGCAUGACAUCAUCAUUAAAUUCUCAAAUAGUUAGCUGCUUGUGAUGUUAAAGAGUAGUUGCAUCAAGAUGUAGGCAAAAGAUGUUGCUAGCUUAUUCUUUGUUUUUGGUAGACUGCAUUUAUCUCAUCACUCAACUCCCCUAAUCUGUAUGACCUCUGUAUAAUUGCAUUCUUGUGUCAUGUAAAGGGCUAUAAUUGCAAGAGGAUACCUGAAUUCUUCCCUAAUUUGUUGAUAACAUGAUGUUGUUUGUGUUUUGCUUUUCUUAUACAAGUGGUUUAUUUUGGCAAAA